AUGGCCGCAGUGCUCCCCAGUGUCCCGAACGUGGCGGGCCUUCUCCACUGGGCAUGCGGCCGUGGACGGGCAGAAGCUCCUGCUCUGCUAGUGGCUCCGCCUCACCGACUGCUGCCAGCGCUCUCGGACCUGGACGAUGCCGAGCGCUUGGAGCGUCUCCAGUACUGGGGCUCCGUCAAUCUGCUAUCGCCCCUACUGAUGGCAGUGAUCUGCGAAAGCCUGCGCCUGGCUUUCCGCCUCGCCAAGCUUCGAAUCUACCCCAGCUUCAAGCCCAUCCCCCAGGAGGACGUCGAACUCCGGGCCCUUUCAAUGGCGCCGGGGAGCCCUGUAGAGGAGAAGCUGGAGAUGGGCGGCUUUCUUGGUGGUGUGGCAGCGUAUCACCUCCUUUGUGGGGGCUUAGUGGCUCUGGCUGUCUCGAACUCCUGGAUUUCCUCGCAUGCAGGAGGAGGUGUUGCCUGGGAGUUGUGGGCAAUCUGGCAGCAGCUUUGCUUAUGGACAUUGUUCCUUCAGAACUUGCUGCGAUGUUGCAUGGUUGACGCGGAAGCUUUGGGUGCAUCCACAUGGAAGGCGGUGCUUCUCUACACCGUCCCAUGCGUCAGCGACCUCUUCGAUACCAUGAAGGACUGGCUCAUCACGGGCAUUUGCUUCCUGGAGCCGAGGACGCCCUGGGGCUUUCCGGUGGGAGCCCUCUUGGUGUCUCUGGAGCUCACUCUCCUCCUUGCAGGCCGCCUUCCCCGCUGCAUCCCUUUGCAUGAGGAGAUAUCCUUGAGCUUGCCUCUCCUGCCGCUUCAAGUGCUCUUUGCUCUGGCCAGCCUUUCCUUGGCAGCAGGGCCGGGGUGUGUGCGGUUCUGGGCAACGCUGUAUGCCAACCUGCGCUAUGGGCUCUAUUCCUUCGUCGUGCUUCCCGCGACCGUACUUCUCUACGCUCUUCGGAGCCUUGCAGCUUUGCUCCUGCUGGCGCUCCAAUGGCUGGCCUGCGUAGUGGCCUUUCUGGCAAUGGCCAUCAUUGACAUUCCUGUCCUUGUGGUUUCGAUCUUUGACUCCUCAGUCAUUCGGUCCGCUGUAACCGCGGAGCGCAGGUGCCUGAACUCUUAUUGCAGCAUGGCCUGGUAUCAGCCCGGUGAGUGGUUCAACCAGACCAACACUUCUGUCCACUCGAAGUCUCUGACGGUGACAGAUGUCGACAGCAUGUCGCAAGAACAGAGUCAGGACAUGCAGGGCUGGAUGCAUGGUGUUUAUCUCUACCUCGCAGAUGGCGGACUACUGUUCACAUUUUCUAUUUACGUCGUCAUCUAUUCGUACCUGCAGGUUUUAGCACACGAGGACGGCAAAAGAGAUCUGCGAAAAAGCUUUUGGCCGAUUCUGGAGCUGCGCAGGCCCGCCCGGCCUGUGGCGGAAAGGUUCACGGAGUGGAGCGUGAGGUCAGCAGGGAACUUGUCUGUGGACUUCCUCAGCAGCUCUCGUUUGAUGAUGGCAUGGACCCGCGACUGGCCGCAGGUGGUUAUCGGUUUGGUUCUGGUGUGGCGGUAUAACCUCCAACACCACCACGAUGGCUUCGGCCUGGCUGGCAUCUCCACCAUCAUCAGCCUCUGCAAAGGGCUCCUGAUCCCCUCCUUCCAGGCCUGCCUAUGCCAAUGGCAGGAGAAUCGGGCGCUGGAUGCUCUGGAGGUCCUGAUCAGCUGGGAGAGACUUCCAGCGCUGGCACGAAGAUUGGACCAGACCUUCUCCAGGAUCCGACGAUCAGAGGUGGAACAAAAGCUGGAGACUUUGGUGGCCAAGCAGUCGCUGGAGGUUCUGCAGAGGUUCAAUGUUACCGAGCGCAGCCUCUUCCGCCCUGUGGUCUCCGCUGUUGAGCAGUGGAUGAGCGACUGCCUCCCGCUGGAGUCUGACCAAGUUCAGGAG